GACUCUAGACACACACAAAAGAGAGGAGGAAAGAAAAUAUCAUAACAAAAAUUCGUGUUUAUUAAAAGCGAAGACAUCUAAAUAAAAACAGAGAAAAAAAAUUCUUUCGUUCGAAAAUUGUAAUCCAAUUUGGAUGAUUAAUUAACGGUUGAUAAUAGAGUGGCUCCGUACUGCCAAUGUAAACGAAUGAACUGGAAGUAUCAGAUAAUCAGCAAACGAAUUGUGGCAAGACGAGCGACCCGAUUUAAGGUGCAAUGUGCAAGAUUACGUGUUGGAAAAAUUGCUGUUCACAGUGGCGUGUAUGGUUUCGUCCCAUAGUCAUCACGGUGUACAUUUUGUUUGUUAUUAUAAUUGUGCCAACGCUGAUCGUGAAUUCAGUGCGAGAUGGAUUCUCACGAAAAGAUCAGCUGAUCUUGAUCGGUGGCCUAUUCGUCUUAACAGCCAUUCCAAUGUCGGUAUGGCAUAUCAGUCAGCACAUCAUCCACUUUACGAAGCCACAACUCCAGAAACCAAUCAUUCGCGUCUUAUGGAUGGUACCGAUAUAUGCCAGCAACGCGUGGUUUGGACUCUUGUUUCCCGAAUACUCGUUUUACAUUGACGGCGUGCGUGAGAUCUACGAGGCGUAUGUCAUUUACAAUUUCAUGGUUUAUAUGUUGAACUAUCUCAAUUUGCAAAUGGAUCUGGGAGCGAAUCUGGAGUUCCAGGCACCGGUGCAUCACACGUUUCCGUUAUGCUGUCUGGCGCCGAUCAUUAUGAGCCGAGAAUUUAUCCAUAAAUGUAAACACGGAAUUUUACAGUAUGCGGUAGUUAGACCGAUCGUUACGGUAAUAUCGAUCAUUUGUGAACUGUGCGACGUAUAUGGUGAAGGUAGCAUUUCGCCGAAUGUUGCAUUCCCGUACAUCAUGUUCAUCAAUAAUUUGUCACAAUUCGUCGCUAUGUAUUGCCUUGUGUUGUUCUAUCGGGCGAAUAAGACUGAACUGAAGCCAAUGAAUCCAGUACCAAAAUUUCUAUGCAUCAAGGCCGUCAUUUUCUUUUCAUUUUUCCAAGGUGUAGUCAUCACCUUUUUGGUGUAUUUCGGUUACAUCAAAAAUAUAUUCGGCUCAGAGGAAGGUAGUGACUACAAAAUCUUAUCUUCAAAGCUACAGGAUUUUCUCAUUUGUAUUGAAAUGUUCUUUGCGGCACUGGCUCACCAAUACAGCUAUCCGCAUCGACCAUUCCACCGAAACACACCGGACGGCAACAAUGGUCUCACUUACAACGCAUUUCGGGCAAUGUGGGACGUUUCGGACAUCCGCGAAGAUAUUUUCGAACAUUUUUCGGUUGUCUGCAGUUCGGUGAGUCGUCGCGUACUCGGCCGUGGUUCAACAGCCGAGACAAGUCAUCUGAUACCGAGCGGUUCCAGUGGAUCUGGCUAUCAAAGUGAAUAUAAAAUCAAUACUCGUCCUAGUACGUACGGUGCCGUUGCUAGUGGUCACGAGCACCAGCACAACGAUGGAAUCAAUAUUGUUAAGCAAACAGUGACCAAGGACUAUUCGCCGCAGUUCGGUGCACCGAAAACGACUAGUUAUUUUCAACCGACAUCGUCCAGUUCGUCGUCGACGCGGAAUGAUAAAUCGAACAGCAACACAACGAAUACGUCGAGGAGUGAAACGUUUAUGGAAAUACCGAUCGGGAUGCGAAAAUCGGACAGCACGGCUAGUGAUUUCGGGCUGAACACACCGAUCGAUGAGUGUGGAAUUAAUGUGCGGGGAAUGGAGAAGGACAGCUACAUUUUGAAAUAUCCGAACGCUUAAUGUGGCAACAGGUGAAUGUCUAAAGAAUUUGUCAAGGGAAUCUGUGUGGUGGUAAGUCUGUAAUCACCAGUAUUUCUGCUAUAAUCUAGUCCACGUUUAAGUUAAGAAAAGAAAGUUUCCAAACAAAGACUCCUUAACCGAAUCGACAUUGUGACAAAACUCAUUUUAUUCCGAUUAAAAAAGAAAGUGAACAUUGACCUGUUAACGGAUGCAGAGACUGUGUGCAGGAAUUUAAAUUAAUUUGGACAAACUAAUUAGAUAAAAAGAGAAGGGGACUGUAUGCAGGGGAGAGAAUGCUUGCGAAUAAGUUUGUUAUAUGCAAAGUGUGCUUUGGCAUUCCGUUUCCCUUAGGGUAAGACGUCCUUUUUAAGAGCCUUGCUUAAAUGCCUGCUUGUCAAACGAUCGGCUACAUUAAAACAAAAAUCGUUCGGACGAAAUGUAGUCCGAAAAUGUAAGCUCAGGUCAAAAUGCCGGAAGCAUUUAGUUGGUUCGACCAUCGAACAUUAUUUAUUAGCAUUGAAUGCCAAAAUGUAUACGCUGAUGUCAUAAGGAUAUAUAAAUUGUAAAUUGAUUAAAAAGUGACUUUUGAUGGUCUGAA